UUAUAGAUUAUGGAGCUUUGUGGUGCAACAAGACUUGGUUAUUUUGGAAGAAGUCAGUUCUAUAUUGCUUUGAAACUUGUAGCUGUUGCCCAGUCUGGCUUCCCUUUAAGAGUGGAAAGUAUUAAUACAGUAAAGGACCUUCCUCUGCCAAGAUUUGUUGCUUCAAAGAAUGAACAAGAAUCUCGCCAUGCAGCCUCAUAUUCUUCAGAUUCUGAAAAUCAAGGGUCUUAUUCUGGUGUUAUUCCUCCACCACCUGGAAGGGGGCAAGUGAAAAAGGGGUCUGUAAGCCAUGAUACUGUCCAGUCUCGUACAUCUACAGAUCAACAGGAACCUGCAUCUCCAGUAGUUUCACCACAGCAGUCCCCACCAACGUCUCCACACACAUGGAGGAAACACAACCGUCACCCCAGUGGAGGAAAUGGUGAGAGGCCUCUUGCAGGACCUGGGCCAUUUUGGUCUCCCUUUGGUGACGCACAAUCAGGUUCUGCUGCUGGUGAUGCGAUGUGGUCAGGGCAUUCUCCACCUCCACCUCAAGAAAACUGGGUCAGUUUUGCAGAUACUCCACCAACCAGUACUCUUUUAACCAUGCAUCCUGCUUCUGUCCAGGACCAGACAACAGUACGAACUGUAGCUUCAGCUACAACUGCCAAUGAAAUUCGUAGGCAAUCCAGUAGCUAUGAUGAUCCCUGGAAAAUAACAGAUGAACAAAGACAGUAUUAUGUAAAUCAGUUUAAAACCAUUCAGCCUGAUCUAAACGGAUUUAUUCCAGGAUCUGCAGCUAAAGAGUUUUUUACAAAAUCAAAGCUUCCUAUUCUUGAACUUUCUCAUAUUUGGGAACUCUCAGACUUUGAUAAAGAUGGAGCAUUAACACUGGAUGAGUUUUGUGCUGCUUUUCAUCUGGUAGUUGCUAGGAAGAAUGGCUAUGACUUACCAGAAAAACUCCCUGAAAGCUUAAUGCCCAAGCUGAUUGAUUUGGAAGACUCAGCAGAUGUUGGGGAUCAGACAGGUGAGGUAGGUUAUUCCGGCUCGCCUGCAGAAGCACCUCCAAGCAAGUCACCAUCAAUGCCCUCACUAAACCAGACUUGGCCAGAGAUGAAUCAGAGCAGUGAGCAGUGGGAGACAUUUAGUGAACGCUCUUCAAGCUCACAAACUCUGACCCAAUUUGAUUCUAACAUUGCACCAGCUGAUCCUGAUACUGCUAUUGUUCAUCCAGUUCCCAUUCGUAUGACUCCAAGCAAAAUCCACAUGCAGGAAAUGGAACUUAAAAGAACUGGCAGUGAUCAUACUAAUCCCACUAGCCCAUUACUUGUGAAAACAUCUGACCUUUCAGAGGAAAAUAAGAUAAAUUCAUCAGUGAAAUUUGCUUCUGGAAAUACUGUAGCAGAUGGUUACAGUAGUUCAGACUCUUUUACUUCAGACCCAGAACAGAUCGGGAACAAUGUAACUCGUCAAAGGUCUCAUUCAGGAACAUCCCCUGAUAACGCUGCACCACCACCUCCCCCUCCAAGGCCACAGCCCUCGCAUUCUAGAUCGUCAUCUUUAGACAUGAAUCGGACCUUUACAGUCACCACAGGACAACAACAGGCUGGAGUUGUUGCCCAUCCUCCUGCCGUGCCUCCAAGACCACAGCCUUCACAGGCUCCUGGUCCCACAGUGCAUCGCCCAGUGGAUGCCGAUGGCAUGAUAACUCACACUAGUACCUCACCUCAGCAGAUACCAGAACAACCAAAUUUUGCAGAUUUCAGCCAAUUUGAAGUAUUUGCUGCAUCAAAUGUAAAUGAAGAACAAGACGAUGAAGCUGAGAAACAUCCAGAAGUCUUGCCGGUUGAAAAAGCUUCUGAUCCUGCAAGUUCUCUUCGAGUUGCCAAAACAGAUAGUAAAAUUGAAGAAAAGACAGCUGCUAGUGCUCCCGCCAAUGUGGGCAAAGGUACAACACCUCUUGCUCCACCACCCAAACCUGUUCGAAGAAGAUUAAAAUCAGAAGAUGAGUUAAGGCCUGAAGUUGAUGAACAUACACAAAAGACAGGUGUCUUAGCUGGUGUUCUUGCAUCACAGCCUUCUAUUCCUAGGUCUGUUGGGAAAGAUAAAAAAGCUAUUCAGGCAUCAAUUAGACGCAAUAAGGAAACCAACACAGUUUUGGCCAGAUUGAAUAGUGAAUUGCAGCAACAAUUAAAGGAUGUUCUUGAGGAGAGAAUUUCCCUGGAAGUUCAACUGGAACAACUUCGACCAUUCUCUCACCUAUAAGCCAAUUGCCGUUAACUGUGAACAUACCCAGUUUUAAGCAGUUUUGAGUUCAAGCCAAUUUGAAGGCCCAAACAUUCAGCUCACUGCUUAACUCAACAUUAAAUUUUAUGAUUCUGUUUUGCCCUAUAUGUUCACCAUUGUAUUUAAGUAUCUUUUAUUUUUUAAUUUCAACAAUAAAAGAGUCAGGACGACUUUUUCUCCAGG